AAAGCCACAAUGUCACAAUUCUGUACAAUGCCAACUGGAGAGAGGAAGAAGCAUGCAGCAGCUAUUUGUCGGGAGGUCCAUGGUACCAAUGGGGACGUAAUGGAUCUCGGAAAGAAGCUCAGCACUCCCAAGGAUAUAAUGUUAGAGGAGUUAUCGUUGCUAUCCAACAGAGGGUCCCGGCUUUUCAAAAUGCGCCAGAGGAGAUCUGAGAAAUACACAUUUGAAAGUAUCCAGAAUGAGGCAAACGCACAGCUAAGGAACGAUGUUUUAACUGAAAAUGCAAGCACUGUGGAGAUCACAGUAGAUGCUCCAGCUGAUGGAAAUACUGCAGAUACAGCAAACACUGAUUCAGACAACACUGCAGACAAGUUAAACGCCUCAGGGAUGCCCAAGUCCUAUCACUCACCAUGGGAUCAGGCGAUCCUCAGCGACCCCGAUCUCGCAGAAACCCUCAAACUGACAAUGUCAGCACCAGACCCACGAGAAGACCUGGCUCAGUACAAAUGCUUCAACAGGGUCGCCACUCCAUAUGGUGGCUUUGGCCAAGCUCCCAGAGGGAUCACAUUCAAGCUACCUGAGGUGGACCUGAACCCGCCCAGUUACCCAGAGCUCCAGGACCCAGGGGUCAAGCGUCCCACCUUCAACAGGUCAGCCCAGGGAUGGAUAUCUGAGGGCACCCAUCUGAUCCUCCCCACAAUUACCCUGGAGCCCAUUCAAGUCCCUGAGUCUGAUGACCUGUAGAUGGUCUGACUUUGUGUUUGUAUUCUGGCAAAAUGAUGUCUGCUGUAGUUUGUUGGCUCUGUCAACAACAACAAAAGGUCAAUGAGUAGCACGGUCACAUCUACUGUAAGUCCAAGAUUUUGGAUUUCUGCAAUUCAAUGGACAAAAAAAUGUUUGAUGCAUUUGUUGACUAGAGUGUUUAGUGAUCACUAGAAUAAACUGUAUUAGAACUUCAUGUAAAUAGCAAAAGAAAUGGUCUAUACAUAACUCAAACAGUCUAGCAGUUUCAAGUGACACUGAAAGCAAACCUGUAAAUUUUAAUGAUGUUCAAAUGAA